AGCAGAAAGGAGGAGAGAGCGAGACAGAGCGAGCAAUCGAGAGAGAGCGAGAGAGGAAAAUCACGCUUUGUGUGACAGUGGACGCAUAUUGAAUGAAGAGGUAUCGGAUGCCCCUUAUUUGAGCGUUAACGGAUUUUGAGAGUAAAACAUCUAUUUUGCCUAACAGACGCGUUUUUUUUUAUCCGCCUCCGGAUUUAAGGAUCGGAUUCACGCGUCGAUGGCAUCAGUACCGGAGGGUGUACCUCUUGCCUCCACCAGGCACAACCGGUAACGGGAAGGGCUGCUGCUGCUGCCGUUUCUAGGGUUAUAUAUUUAUUUCUUCUCGUGCGAGCUGCAACGUUGAGGGAAACGUGACCAGAGUAAACCGGGACAUUUCGCCGAUCAUGGAGUAAUGCCCGAGUGAGCAGCGAAUGAGAGGUUCCCAAUGUUGAACAUGUCGACCCCCAGCGAGCUGAAGUCUCCGUGUGUCCCGAGGAACGGCAUGGUCAAGCUCCCCCCUCAGCCCAACGGUCUGGGCAGCGCCAGCAUCACCAAGGGCACGCCCGCCGCCAAGAACCGCCUGUGCCAGUCCUCCUCCGUGCCCGGCAUCCUACCCCCGCCUUCCCUACCCUACCACCUGGACCCCCUCAACCCCCUGGGUCCAGACCUGGACCACAGCCCCCUGACGGCCCUCAAACCCCCGCUGCGCCAGGUCCCCCUCACCUUCCCCAAACCUCACCUUCCCCUCACCCUGCCUCUGGCCCUUCUGCCGCCCCUGGAGCGCCAGCUGGUCCUGGAUGAGAAGCUGCUCAACAGGCUGCUGUGGUACUUCACCACGGCUGAGAAGUGUGUCCUGGCCCAGGUGUGUAGGACCUGGAGGAAAGUGCUGUACCAGUCUAAGUUCUGGGAGGGGGUCACGCCCAUCCUCCACGCCAAGGAGCUGUACGCCCUGCUCCCUGGCGGAGACAAGGAGUUUGUCAGCCUGCAGGCCUUCGCUCUCAGAGGGUUCCAGGCGUUCUGUCUGGUGGGAGUUUCAGACCUGGACAUCUGUGAGUUCAUUGAUAACUACCCCUUAUCCAAGAAGGGGGUGAAGUCGGUCAGUCUGAAGAGGUCCACCAUCACAGACGCAGGCCUGGAGGUGAUGCUGGAACAGAUGCAGGGUCUGAUGCACCUGGAGUUGGCCGGUUGUAAUGACUUCACGGAGGCCGGUCUGUGGUCCAGCCUGAACGCACGGCUCACCUCGCUCAGCGUCAGCGACUGUAUCAACGUAGCAGACGACGCCAUCGCUGCCAUCUCACAGCUACUGCCCAACCUGUCAGAGCUCAGCCUGCAGGCCUACCACGUAACCGACACAGCCAUGGCUUACUUCACAGCCAAACAGGGCUACACCACUCACACGCUGCGUCUCCACUCGUGUUGGGAGAUCACCAACCAUGGUGUGGUUAACAUGGUCCACAGCCUGCCCAACCUCACGGCUCUGAGCCUGUCAGGCUGCUCUAAAAUCACUGAUGACGGGGUGGAGCUGGUAGCAGAGAACCUGAGGAAGCUGCGGAGCCUGGACCUCUCCUGGUGCCCACGCAUCACUGACAUGGCCCUGGAGUACAUUGCCUGUGACCUCCACAAACUAGAGGAGCUGGUACUGGACAGAUGUGUGAGGAUUACAGAUACAGGUCUAGGUUACCUGUCCACCAUGUCUUCUUUGAGGAGUCUCUACCUGCGCUGGUGCUGUCAGGUGCAGGACUUUGGGCUACAGCACCUGUUUGGCAUGAGGAGUCUACGUCUUCUCUCUCUCGCAGGUUGUCCACUCCUAACCACUACAGGUCUAUCUGGUUUGAUCCAGAUCCAGGAUCUAGAGGAGUUGGAGUUGACCAACUGUCCUGGAGCCACAGCCGAACUCUUCAAGUACUACUCACAACACCUGACACGCUGCAUGGUCAUCGAGUAGCCCCCCGCCUCCAGAUCCCCAUCACACCCCCCUCUAACCUACCACCUUAUCCAACUACCAACUGACCUGCCUACCAAUCCCCGGCCCCAACUACCCCAACUACCGACCACUCCCUUACUUCAGCCCAACGAACGCAGAGGAGGAAUGAUGACGAUGUCGAUGGAGCCAGCCAGGAUCUCUGCUCCAGCCAGGAUCUCUACUCCAGCCAGGAUCUCUGCUCCAGCCAGGAUCUCUGCUCCAGCUUGGAUCUCUGCUCCAGCCAGGAUCUCUGCUUCAGCCAGGAUCUCUGCUUCAGCCAGGAUCUCUGCUUCAGCCAGGAUCUCUGCUCCAGCCAGGAUCUCUGCUCCAGCCAGGAUCUCUGCUCCAGCCAGGAUCUCUGCUCCAGCCAGGAUCUCUGCUCCAGCCAGGAUCUCUGCUCCAGCCAGGAUCUCUGCUCCAGCCAGGAUCUCUGCUCCAGCCAGGAUCUCUGCUCCAGCCAGGAUCUCUGCUCCAGCCA